AUGACGUCCAAGAAGCAGAGCAGUUGGCACGAGACCCUGGUCAACACUAAGACCAGCAAACCUGCACAGAAGAAAGGAGGAAAGGAUCCAGCAGCACCUGUAAGCAGUGGACUGAAACAGGCCGUCAGCAGUAAAACCAGCGUUAGUGGUGGAAGGAGCAACAGCCUCAGCAGCAGAGGCGGCGACUCGACUGGCAAUAAAGUCGGUGGCAGUUUGAAAAGAGGCAGCCUCGGCCACCAGACAGCCGGAUCAGCUCUCCGCCUCAGCAGCAGCCGGAGCUUCUCGUCCCUCCAAACCAGCUCCCUCACUGCUGCUCCGUUCAUAAGAAGCAGCCGCUCGCUCAGCAGACUGGACCAAAGAGCCUCUGGAAAUGAUCCAAACCACAUAGCUGCAAGUUCACAAGUAAAGAAAUCACAACCCACAGGAAAGAAAAUCUUUAACUCUGGCCAACGUUCGUCCUCUGUGGAGCAAAUGAGAAGUAAAAACGACCAGUGCCGCGGCGAUAAUGCUGAGAAAAUGAAACCCAGCAGCUCCCCUCAGCCGCCGGAGUCGUCCUCUUUGGUUCCCACUGCUGCAUGUCUCCAUCACUGCAACAAAGGAAAGAAACAGACAAAAGAUGGCGUGUACACACUGUGUGCAAUGACUGCCGGGAUGAGAAGCAACUGGGUCCAAGCAGUGUUGAAGAACGUGCGGCCCAGUCCUACACAUGACGCUGCGAGCUCCCUUUCAGAGCAGGAGACAGAGCUGCUCCAAGAGCUCAGAGCUGGUGACCGAACGGAGGAUUCACCUGGACAGCAGGAAGAACAGGAGCCCAAACUGCAGCUGGAAACUGCACAGAGCUCAACUGAUGGGAACUCUUUACCUUCUCCUCUCCCUGCUUCGCCCUCGGCCUCCUCUGAAUCAUCUCCUACCAGUCCUCCACAUCAGGCGGAGGAGGGCGAAGGUGUGACGGAGGCCUCAUCGUGUGUUGAAGGAUCCCAAAGCUCUGAUUCCACAGAUGUGCUCCAAAAUGGCGAGCGUUUUGACGAACAUUCAAACAAGAGUUCGACUGGGCAUGUUACAACCACACCCCAGAGGGAAGAUGAACAGCUGGAACAAACUCAGAGGGAACUGUCUCGACUCCAGCAACUGAACAAGAAUCUGCAGGAUGAGCUGCAACAGGAGCGGGAGAGCCAUUUGAGGUUUUGUCCACAGAAUGGCACAAGUUCAUCUUCAGAGCAAGCUUUGGCUUUACAGCAGCUGCAGAAGACGAAUCACAACCUCCGCCUUGAGAUGGAGGCACAAAAGAGGAGUCAUGAGGAAGCCAGAGAAGCUGAGCUACGACGAAGAGUCGACCUCUUAGCCCAACAAGCUCAGCUGCUGGUUACAGGAGAUGCCACGGCACUCGCACAAGCUCAUCUAGAGCAGGAUCGCCGGCGGUUCCAGGAGCAGCAGGAGGAGUGGGAGCAACGUGUGGCCUCCCUGAAGUCCCAGCUGAGCAUCAGUGAGGAGAAGAGGAGGGAGACCGAGUCCCGCUUGGCACAGCUGCAGCAGGAGUUACAGAGCUACCAAAGUCUCCAGCAGGAGGCUGAGCAGCUGAGGAAUAAUCUCCAAGAAGUGUCCGCUCAGCUUCAGGCUCACGAGGAUGCUCAGGCUCAGAAAGAGGUUCGACUGCAGAAGCACCUGGCGCUCCUUCAAGCGAGUCAGGAGAGAGAGCGGAGGAGCCUGGCUACCAGUCUGGCCCAGGCCGAGCGACACUCGCAAGACCUUCAAGAGAAACUGGACAGAGCCGAGCAGCAGCUUCAAGAGGAGCUGACAUGUACUGUAUCUGCCGUGCAGCAGCUCCAAGAAGAACGAGGACAGGCCGACCACCGCUGCCAAGAGCUGCAGAACCAGUUAUCAGAGGCGGACCGGGAGGUGAGCAGGCUGCAGGGCCGCUUGAAAACAGAUGAAACUCACUACUACAACCUGGAGCACUCGUACGAGAGAGCUUGUGAGGAACUGCAGGUGGCAUUGGGGAAGGUGCAGCAAAGGGAGUCGGAAACACAGGAGAUACGAGAAGGCUAUGAGAGGCUCCUGGACAGGAAGGAGCAGGAGCUGAGUGAAGUCUUGCUCAAGAUGGAAGUCUUGGGUAACAGCUUGGAGGAGACGGAAGUGAAACUAAAUGAGGUGAUGAAAGUUUGCACCUGUGGCUCUUCUCAGCAGAAAGAUGAGACUUUAGAGCAGCUUAAUGAGAGACAACAGCAAACAACUGAGCCAAAUGAAAGCAGAAUAAAGAUAAUAGAGAGCUGCCAGUUGUCCAACAGCUCAAAUCCUGCAGAUGUCCUUCAGGGAAACAGCGACAGCUCACAUAAACAUUCAAGAAGCCGAUCUCGAUCAGUCGAUGCAUCGUACCAGUACAUCGUCACUGCAGGAGACGACCCGGAAAGGUUCAUGUCUGUGAUCCAGCUGCUUGAAACCAAGCUUUACGUAACAGAGGAGAAACUGAGAGAUAUUACGCAAAGACUAGAGGAGCACCAGAGUCACAUCAGCUGCCAGGACCCCCACCUCUGCUCCCAGCUGACCCAGAGCCGAGCGACCGCCCAGCACCUCAGCCUGCUGCUGCACAGCCAGGCCAAGCAGAACCAGCGCUUCGCCCAGGAGACAGAGAACCGCUGCAGGAUGUUGGUCGGCAGGUUCCAGGUGGCUCUGAAUAUCAUACAGGCCUGCAGGGAGAGGCUUCAGGCUCCCACCAUUAAUAUUCCAGACUUUGAGAGGCAGCUUGCCACCGUUGUUGCGUGUCUUCAGCAGGGAGAGAAAGAUGCAGAGAAACAACAGCAUGAAUCUUAUAAUGCCAGCAGAGGAGAAGGCAAGAUCCUUAGUGACGAGAAACUAGCUGGAGCUGAGAGUGCAAACAGUAAUACACAAUCAUCAGCGGAUGACAUGGGAAGUGUUAGGAAGUGUUUAAAGAGGGAAUUAUUUGUUGUAGAAAAAAUGAUGUCGGUGCUUCAGAGUCAACGUGGUGUUCUCCAGCUGUCGUCAGUAUUUAAAGGGAAUGAGGGGGAUGUGGCACAAAGGUACAAAACCAUAAUAUCCCAAAGAAUAGCAAUAAAAAGAGAAGAAAAGAUGCAGUCUGGGAGAACAGACUGUGUCAGUGACGAAACUUUACAGAGCGCCAUCAGCAGAGUCUGUGCUGAAGCGGAGCUCAUAUACGCUGCCUUAAAAUUCCAUGAAAGCGUGACUCAAGUGAAUAAUCAAGAAGUGCAGCUUCAAAGGGCAGGUUUGGCAGACAUCAGUCCACCAGAGUUGGCUCCUUAUGAGGAGCAGGUGAAUGCCAGAGGGUUGAAAGAAGCUGCAAAACCAGUUGAAUCCGAUGACAAAAAGGUCAACGCAGAGAAGGAACCGGACUGGUUAGAGAGGCUCAUAUCCCGGCUGCAGAGGAGAGCUAAAUUCUUAAGUCAAGUCUGCCAAGAGAUGCCGGAUGAUAAAAGACCAGUCAGUGAGUGUAGUCCGAACCACGGUGUGGAAAAUGCUUCUGCACUCGAGUUAAAUUAUAUGCAGGAGCAGGCGAGGUUAAUUUACUUGUCAGACAGGCUCUACCUGGAUUUAGAGCAGGAGAUUCAGCAAAGUGAGGUGCUACGGAGCAAACUGCAAACUCUGUGCAAAGAGCAGGACAUGAGCUUAAUGGAUGAGCAGGAGGCUUUUAAUCAAACCUUAUGUCAGCUUCAGGAGGACAACAGCGUCCUGAGAGAAGAACUAGAGCAGGCCGAGCAAAAGAUAAUAUCCGUAGAGAGCGGGAACCAGAGACUGCUGGAAGACAUACAGAAGAUUGAGGAUGUUCAUGAGGAACGGAUGCAAAAACUGGAAACAGACUUCCAAGAGAGGAUAAGGGAGCUGCAGCAGAUCCAUGAGGAGGAGAUGAAACACUUGCACGGCUGUUACAUCAAGUCUUGUGUUUCCAAAGAGAAACAGACGUGUUUCACUGAAGGCGCAUGUCCUCUACCCGACCAAACUGGGAUCCUGAAGGUGGCGGGUGAUGCAGCAGCCAUGAGAGAGGCUCACCAGGAAGAUCUAGAAAAACUUCAGGCAUCCUGUGAUGAGGGCUUCGCUGCUAUGGAGGAAACACACCGGAAGCUGAUCAGAGAUUUAAAUCAGCAGCAUCAGAAGGAGGUGGCCGAACUUCAGAGGGAUAAAGACCAGCUCCUGCAGGAGGAGACGGCUGCCACAAUGGCAGCCAUCGUAGCGAUGCGUAGAGCUCAUAAACAGGAGCUGGAGAGAAGCCGACAGUCUCAGCACAUCAGGGAGAGUUUAGACUUCACACAACUCCACAUCGAAUACGAGAAGGAAAUCCAGUUAUUGCAGAAGGAGCUGGAGGUGCUGUCGGUUCAGCACACCGAGAAAUGCCUGGAAAACUCACAGCUGAGUCAAGAGCUGCAGGACGAGAGGAAAUCAUCAAUGCAGUACCAAAAAGAAAACCAAGAGCUCAAAAAGAAACAGAGAGACACACAUGAAAUGUCUCAGCUGCAUUUCUCUCCGAACGGGAAACAAUCACAUGUUGCUCCUCAAGUAAACAGCUCAUAUGAGACAGAGGUGAUUCUGCGGGCGAGAGAGGCAGAGAUGCAGUUUCUCAGACAAGAAGCUCGUUCUCUCAGAGAGGAGCUGAAGAUCGCUCGAAUGGACAAAAUAUACGCACAGAAUAAGCUCAAGGCUCUUUAUACAAACAGCCAGACUGAACCUCAUCAACACGGUGAAGAUUUCAAGUUUGGCUCAUGGUCUCCAAACGAAGACGCUUCAGGACCGAGCCUCGAAGAUGCUGCGAUAAACUCACACAGCGCUGCUUUUCUGAAGAAAACUGAGAAAUCAUCCCUCCUGCGGCAAAUAAGAGGAGUCAGAUCGAAGAGUUUAAAAGAAGGCCUUUCAGUCCAAGAAAGAAUGAAGUUAUUUGAGUCAUUCUGAGAAGAGGAGCAUCUGCUGUUUAAAUACAUUUCUGCCUAUUAAGUGUUACUCCUGUUGUUACACAGUGCACAUUUUAAUAUUUAAAUCCUUUUACUGUGUAAAAAGCAGCAGAACUCCACCAGAGGGAGCAACAAGCACAGGAUUUUUUUUCAACACACAUUUAAAACACAACAAACUAAUCACAGUGAAAUUAUAUUAACAUUUUGCUUUACAGUUCAGUACAUCAGACAGUGAUUUUGUAACUUAGAGGCUCGUGUUUUUAUUAAAACUCAGUGUAUUGCAUCAAUAUUUGUAUCAAAAUGGUUGUUUUGUACCACUAGAGGUUGCAUAAACCAACAUUUACUCUCCCUGCAGAGGCAACUUGUGAAACCUGUGUCAAUUUCUAAACAUUUAAAUGUGUGACAUUGAGACAUGAAGCUGUUGUCAUGACAAGAGUGGAAAAUUUAACGUAGCUGAUAAAACAAUGAUGCUUUGUACUUGGACUUCUUUCACAGCCAAUAAAGUAUUUGUAUAAGAUGA